AUGGUAGGCAGAACGCACGAUGUUGGUGGUGCGGAAGACCAGAAACACGAUGCUGCUGAAGCCUCAGCCAACAAGAAGGAAUCCAGUGGCUUCAUGGGCAAGCUCAAGAACAAACUCAAGGACACGCAUCUGUACGAUGUAAAAGUCGGCGCUGUUCACCUCAAGCACCGUGUUGGCAAAUUCCAAAAUCUGGUCAAUAGUAAUCACCGCCACGACGAGGAGCAUGAGCAAAAGACUGAUGCCAAACGGACCGCUAUCGCUGAGGGCCAUCGCUUUCAGUCAUUCGCGCCGGAGCGGGAUGGCAACCGCAUCAAGUGGUACAUUGAUGGACGUGACUACUUCCAUGCUGUCUCCGUGGCCUUGGAGCGGGCGAAGGAGACGAUCUACAUUGAGGACUGGUGGCUGAGUCCUGAAUUGUUCCUUCGUCGGCCACCUCACUUACAGCAGGAGUGGCGACUCGAUACCACGCUCAAGCGUGCUGCCGAGCGUGGUGUCAAGAUCUACGUUGUGGUGUACAAGGAGGUUGAGGCUGCCGUCUCGUGUAAUUCCAUGCAUACCAAACAUGCUCUUGAGGCGCUAUGUCCGGAAGGCACGCCAGGUUACAAGAACAUCAUUGUGAUGCGACAUCCGGACCAUAAUGUCUUCGAGAACGCUAGCGACAUGACCUUUUACUGGGCUCAUCACGAGAAAUUUAUCGUGAUUGAUUAUGACUUGGCAUUCAUUGGUGGCCUCGAUCUAUGCUUCGGUCGAUGGGACAACAGACAGCAUCCACUUGCCGACGCUCAUCCCUCUGGUGUCGAGAACGAAUUGUUUCCAGGACAGGACUUCAACAACAACCGCAUCAUGGAUUUCAAAUCUGUCGAAGACUGGAAGAGCAACGAGUUGUCCAAAGCUGAAUACGGCCGUAUGCCAUGGCAUGAUGUGGCAAUGGGCGUUAUCGGACCUUGUGUGUAUGACAUCGCAGAACACUUUAUUCUGCGGUGGAACUUCUGCAAGCGUGACAAGUAUAAGCGAGAUGACAGGUAUGACUGGCUUACCAUGACUGGCCGCACUGGUGAUAACGAGGACCUGAUCGGCGUCCAGCGACCGAAGCAUCCAGUGGGUGACUACAUUCAUCAUCCUCUUAACGACCUUGAGAAUAAAACAGGCAGACCAAAUCAGUCACGUCUCGUGCCAGGUGGCAGUGCGACGGCUGGUGCGGAUGGCGAGGAUGAGUUCCACGACGCUCACGAGACACUGGACGAACAUGGCUACACGAGUGAACAGCAUCGUUUUGGCCAUGGCGCGGAGAAGUUCCUACACGAGCAUGGUCACGAUCUCCAUCGACCACAUCCCCGCGGCGACAAGAGUCUCCCACAGCUGCCGCAGGAAGCACGCCAGCUAGACGGUGGUCAAGAUCUAAUGCAGAACCCUGGUAGCUUGCAAGAGAAUGCUCAUAUGACUGGUAACAAUGCGAAGAAGGAAGGCACAAUUACUGCCUCCGGAGGUAUGGCUGCGAAACGUGAAGGCUACCCGAGUAAUCUGGCCGGUGCCUUCUCGGUUGAAGGUGGCCAAGGAACUGUCCAUGCUCAGCUCGUCCGCUCUUCUGCCGAUUGGUCUUCUGGUAUCUUGACUGAGCAGUCGAUACAGAAUGCUUACUGUCAGAUCAUUCGUGAAGCACAUCACUACGUGUACAUUGAAAACCAAUUCUUCAUUACAGCUACCGGAGAACGUCAAUCGCCGAUCCACAACCAGAUAGGCGCCGCUAUUGUGGACGCUUGUGCUCGAGCAGAGAAGGAAGGCAGGAAAUUCCGGGUGAUUAUAAUGCUACCCACGAUUCCUGGAUUCGCCGGUGACUUGCGUGACGAUGCUGCGCUCGGUACGCGCGCUAUCAUGGACUACCAGUUCAGAUCGAUUAAUCGAGGCGAGCACUCCAUAUAUGGUCGUCUCAAGGCAGUGAAUGUCGAUCCGACCAAGUACAUCUUCGUCUUCAAUCUUCGCUCAUACGACCGCAUUAACAAGACACCCGGUCUCAAAGAGCAAGAAGAGAAAUCUGGCGUCAAAUAUCAAGAUCUCCAGCGUGCCCAAGCAGAAGAGAUCAUGCCAACAGGUGUACACGGAGCACAGGGAGAGGGCUCAAAAGACCACCCUGCAGCGCCUGAUAGAGCAGACAUACAGAGUGGUGAUAGGCAGGCGAACUUGAAGCAGGCCUGGAACGAGCGCAAGCGCGAUGUUGGGUUGGCUGGUGAAGGGAAGGAUGAUCAUGUGCAGUCUGAGGACUCAAUUGCUAAGGAUGCCUUGCUGGACGAGCCGAAGGUCAGCGAGGAGAACUAUGCUGGGAGGGAGAAGGAUCAUGGCGCUGCUGGCAGGUUGGAGAAGGAGAAUGCGGAGAUGAGGGAGCAGGAGAAAGAGAAUUUCAUUCAGGAGGAGCUUUAUAUUCAUGGCAAGAUCCUCAUCGUAGACGACCGCAUAGUAAUUUGCGGCUCAAGCAACAUCAACGACCGCUCCCAACUCGGCUUCCACGACUCGGAACUCUCCAUCGUAAUGGAGGACACCCUGGCUCUGCCCUCCAAAAUGGAUGGUCAACCCUUCACGGCUGGCCACCACGCCGCUACCCUCCGCCGGAUGCUUUGGCGCGAACACCUGGGUCUCCUACCCGCCCAAACCCUCGACGCCGAGAAUGAUAUCAACGCCCAACCGCCCAGUGACGGAGAUAAUGACUGGUUCCAAAACGACGAAUACAACCAAUUCGUCGAAGACCCCAUGUCUGAUCAGCUAUGGGAGAUGUGGACCGAGCGCGCUACAACCAACACCCAGAUCUUCCGCCACUUAUUCCAUGCGGAUCCCGAUGAUCACGUCAAGACGUUCGAGGAGUAUGAUCACUUUUUGGGUGCGAAGGGGAGCAGGAAGGCAGGACAUUUGUUUGAUCCGUAUCAGCCUGUGGAUAUUGUGAGGAAGGAGUUGGACAGGGUGAAGGGGCAUUUGGUGUGGAUGCCGUUGGAUUUCUUGUGUGAGGCGGAGAUGGCGGAGAAGGGAUUGCAGGUUAAUACUAUUACGGAGAGUGUUUAUACUUGA